GAUACAGUCCCAUGUGAUCGCGGCGUUGUCGACGUCUCCAUGGAGACAUCAUGGCGAAAUGGAUAGAGAUGCAUGAGAUGAUCGUCCACGAGUACAUCCAUGCUUCUUUCUGCGUAUGAAGUCGACGCAGGGAAGCAGGUAGACUUGCGUCGACCGUACCGUGGCCACUCGGAGCAAUACGUGUCCAAGGUACAUUCCCCUCAUUCGCAUGAUGCCAUCGUGUAAUCAAAGCCGCCGCCAUGGAACGUUCCGAUUAAACAUCCAUGUAUGCUGCCGAUGUGAACCGUUGAAACGCAUGUGGAUUGGAUGGUAUAUUUAGCCAGGUCGCCCUUAUCAUGUUGCAUUCCGACUUUGGCCAACGCACCAUAGUAUCACCAUGAAGCGGCGCGAGAAAUCGUUCGACACCAACACGCACAACCAAAAGCUGCCCGAGUACAAUGCGCUGGCCGACCACAACUUGCGCCAUUUCUUCGAGAACCGAAAGCUGCAGCACCAUCUGUACGAUGUAGGCAUGAUCGACAAGGCGGGACGGGUGAUCGAUCCCGACAAGCACAAGGGCAAGCUCGCGAUUCUGCAGCAAGAGUUCAAGCACGCCGAGAAGGCCGAGUUGCUUCGGCAGCGCGAAGAAGACGAGAUCCGGCGCCGCGUCCAGCUCCGUCGUCAUGCUGCGCUGAACGAAGCGCGGAAGGAGGAGAAGAUCAAGAAGAUCAAGGACGAUCGCAUGCUCACCAAGCAAAUCGUGGCGGCAGCCAAGGAGUACGCGACGCCACCGCCACCGUCGUCGUCCAAAUCCACGUCGUCGUCGUCGGGGCCGCGGUCGUGUCUGUCGUCGGGGGAGCGAAGUAGCUCGGCGUCGGACAACAACUUUUGAAUAACUUAACAUGAACUCUUCCCAGAGCACAGCUCGUCCAUCGCCAAAACUCCCUGGCGCGCCGUGGCCGUGCCGCGUUCGACCCAAUACUCUUCGAACGAUUGUGAAAAGAAGGGCAGAAGCGCAUUCACACGAGACACCUGGGUGUA